AUGACUGUGCGAAGAGCUUUCUGGGGUCACCUUUGGCUGGCGAAGUUCUUCUUUCGAUUAGCGGGCAUCCUUCCUAUCGGUGGAUCAUCCGCUUUGUGGAAAUCACUUCUGACCGACUUUUUAGCAACGCUUCCACUGUGGGCCACCUUUUAUCUGCUCGUUCCCGAAAUUCAAUACAUAUGUUUUCAGAAUCACAGCGUGAACGAGUUGCUUCAAAGUUUCAGAAUGUUGGCCGGCCUUUUCUCAGUACAACUCAGAUCAAUCUUCGUUAUUGUAUAUCGUCCAAGAAUCACGCGUUUGUUUUCAAUCUGCGAGGCGAUGUGGGAAGAAGCUGACCUCGCAAACCAUAAAAUAAUCUUGCCGUGGAUUAAGCGAACUAAAAUUAUUAGUUCGGUUAUCUUUGUUGGCGCUAGUUAUGGGGUUACCAUGCACGCUGUGAAUACGGUUGUAAGGCAGUUCUCGAAGCCUGCUAAUUCCACAGUAAAAUUGUAUUCAUCCACCCGUAACGAAAAUUCUACUUCUAAUUCACAUGACGCAAUAAAGUUCAUACUUUGGACCGCAUUUACUUACAUCCGACAUUCGUACAUUGCUUCUUGUGACAUGAUUGGAACUAUAUUGAGUUUCAACCUGCGUGGACAAUUCUCUGUCAUUCGAAGCCGGAUUAUAGAACUUUCCAAAGAAAAACUCAAUGUAUUAACUGGGGAGACAGACAGAAGUUACGAAGAGGAGUUAGCAAAGUGCAUCCGCCAUCAUCAGAUCGUAUUGAACCUCUAUGCCGAGCUUGAAGACGUAAAUCAAUACAAUUAUCUGACACAACUCGUCACUGAGAUGUACAUCAUGGCUAUUUCAGCAGCUGAGCUCACGAAGUUCCAGAGUCUGGCAAGUACCGCACUUUUUUUUUCUUGUUGGCCAGCAGACACUCUCGCUGACGAGAGCAUCAAGAUAGCACGCGCGGCUUAUGAGGUCCCUUGUUACAACGGCUCACGUUCCGUGAAUGCUAUGGUCCUCAUUUUGCUAACGCGAUCCCAACGACCUGCAAUUUUGACCGCGGGAAAAUUCACGCCGAUGUCUUUGGAAACUUUUGCCUCUAUAAUAUCCGGUGGUAUAUCUUUUUACAUGCUAUUAGGGCGAAGUGUGUUCAGUGCAGGUGUUAUCAAAAAAUUAAGAAAGCCAUCGUCUAGACAGAACAACAGUACAACGUCUAAGGUGGAAUCAUAG